UUUCAAAAAAAAAUUUUUUUCAGGAAAAGAAAAGAAGAAUGUCCUUCUCAGAAAUUCUACAAUUUCUCCACCCUUCAACACCUAACCACAUAUUAUCCACAGCCUUACAACUUUUGUUAGAACUAGAAGAAAAUUAUUUUAAAAAUUUAUCCAACAACGAAAUUUUUUUAUUUUUCCAAAAAAUUGCUCAAUUCUUCUCCCCUUCCCCAACAAUUUCUUCUUCAAAUUUAAUUUUAUUAUUGUCAAUUUUAAUUAAUUUAACGGCUAUUAAAUCCUCUCAAUUUUCCCCUCUUUUAAUUAAUUCUAAACAAAUUAUUUUAAAAUUGUCCAAAUUUUUGGAGGAGGAGGAGGAGGGGGAAUAUUCUACUUUUACUGCACAAUUAUUUGUUAAUAUUUCGAGGCAAUUUCCUCAACAAUUUGUGGAUAAAUUGAAUUGUUAUGAUGAUGAAUUUGGCUCUAAAUUGAUUGAUCACUUUUUAACUCAAAAUACUUCCAAAAACAAAAACAGCGACUUGUCAACUUAUUUAGGAUUUUUGGUAGUUAACCUUUCAUCAGUCAAAUCUUUUGCUGUUUUAAUUGCAACAAAUAAAUUAGAUUCUUUUUCUUCUUUAUUGUCUUAUGGAGAGACUUCUCAAGUUAAAUCUUCAGCUCUUCAAGUAGUUUACAAUUUGUCACUUCAAGACGAAUUCCAUGCUCUAAUGCUUUCCAAAGAUUUGCAAGCAAACAAACUUUUGGUUGCCCUUUUGUCUCCAUUGGUUGACUCUGAGGAUAAACUGUCUGAAGAAGAGAUUGAAAAUCUUCCUGUUGAUCUUCAAUAUUGGGAGAAAAAACGAAAUUGGGAUUUGAAAUUGUGGGAAUUGACGCUUUGUACUUUUUGCGCCACUCGUCUGGGCCGUUCCUUUCUUCGAAAUGCAAAUAUUUAUCCAUUACUUCGUGAAAUGGACAAUGCACGGAUUUUGAAGCAAGGUGAAGAUAAUCUCAAAAAUGGAAUUAUUUUGGAAGAAAAUGGAAAGAAUUUGGAUAUAUUGAGGGCUUUAAUAAGUAUUUUGAUUAGAAGAGAAGAUGAAAUGGGAAUAGAAGAAAAUGAGGACAAAUUAGAGUCUAUUAGAGAGUUGGGGAUUUAG